AAAACAACAUACCUAUUAAUCCUUUCAAAAUCCAAAUUAAAUCUGCGUGUAAACACAUAAAUAAAACUUAAAAUACUAAUGUUCAUUAUUGAUAUAAAGGAUUGUUACCCUACAACUGUCGUGAAUAAUUAAAUAAACACUUGAAAAUCACGGGGAAUACCUAAUUGAAAAUUGAAAUUAUAAAAAUGGAACCAAUUUGGUUCAAACCUGAUUUGGCUGAAGAAAUAAUUAAUCAAAGUGAUAUAUUUAAUGAAACACAUAGCAUCAUUACAGAUAUAGUAUCUGGCUACCUUGAUAUAACAAAAAUAGUGGAAAAUAUGGGUGGAGUUUUAACAAACAAAGAUGCAGCUAACAGAGAAAAGGGUAUGAGAUUCUUUACAAAAAUAUUGAAAGAACUGCCCAGAGACUAUUUGUCGGAGGUUCAAAUCAAUUUUAUAUCAAAGUUUUACAUAGACCGGUUGAAAGAUAACCACAGAGUAAUACCGGCGGUAUUAGAAGGAUAUUUGGUUCUAAUUGAAAUGAAGAAUUAUAAUUUGGGGCUCUGUGCUGAAUAUUUUACUGUGUUGUUCAGAGAAGUUGCAUGUCAAUCACAACUGCGACAAGACAGACAGAAUAUUUAUAUGACUAUUCACACAUUGUUAGAAAAAGAUGUUGAAUGUUUAAAACAAUUAGGCCCAGAUUUUGUCUACGGUGUUAUUUCAGCAAUGGACGGCGAGAGGGAUCCAAGAAACUUACUGUUCCUCUUCAGUUUUUUGCCAAAGUUCCUAGCCAACAUUCCCCUUGGCCAUUUAGUGGAUGAGAUGUUUGAAGUGAUAUCAUGUUAUUAUCCAAUUGACUUCCAUCCAUCGCCUGAUGACCCAGCUGCUGUAUCGAGAGAUGAUCUUGCUAAAGCUCUAUGCCCUUGUCUUUGUGCUGUUCAAGAGUUUGGUGAACAGUGCCUGGUGUUGUUAAUAGAGAAGUUAGACUCGAAUUUGCGGAUAGCAAAGUUAGAUUCGCUGCGGUUGCUGGCUGAGAGCUGUAAAACAUUUAAACCUUCAACUUAUAGUCCAUUUGUAAAAGCAUUGUGGUCAUCAAUACAGAGAGAAAUAUCUCAAAAGACUGAUGAAGAGCUGAAAAUUGUAGCACAUGAGGCUUUAUCUGCAUUAGUAGCUAAUUUAGCAACUUCAGCUAACACUGAUCAAUCAUUUGAAAAUUUUGUCAAAGGGAUACUUAUAUCAAUGCAAACAUCUCUAGCUGAUUCAAAUACAGUUUCUCAAUUUGUUCAGGCAUCAAGAAUUUUGUUAACAACUGCAAAUAGCUCCAAAGAGGCUUGUAUAAUCAUAACACAGUCUAUGAUUCCUGCCAUUGUUGCAUAUUAUGGUUUCAAAACAUCACUGAAGCUUCAGGUAUCUAGCCUAGAGUUUUUGGGUGAUAUGUACGAUUUGGCAAAGAAAUGGGAUGUAUUAAAUAAUAUUGAAAAACAAAUUGACGAAAUACCAACCCUUUGUCUGACAGCUGUUAGUGAACCUGAAAAGGAACAUCAAAUUGCAGGAUUUAAAACUUUGAUAAGAGCCAUUGAAGCCUUAAAAGCUGACCUAGUACUGCCAUUUGUAGAAAUAUUAAUACAUAUUGUACAACAUUCUGAAGAUGAUGAAGUUCUUAUUGUUACUGUUGAAACUGUACAUGCUAUUGCCAGAAAGUUCCCUGAGCUUAUAAUGGAUUUAGUUGUGAAAGGAAAGUGUAGUAUAGAAAAUAUUGGCGAUGACAAGAUUAUGCAGCAAAAGCGCUUAAAUUUACUGUCAAACUUAGCAAGUAUAGAUGAUUUCACUAAAGUAAUAAUUGAAGAGAUGCUUCAAAUUAUAACUGUGAGUGACAAAAAUUCCUUCAAUGUUGUAAAGGCCUUGAGUGGUUCUAUUUCAAACACAAGUUUGUAUACACAUGAAAAAGUAACACAAAUAGAAAGUGAUCAUGGUUUAAUAGAUUCCAUUCUAAAUUGGAUAUUAAAAGAAAUGAAUACAGCAGCUAAAGAUUCUUUAGAACAUGGUUAUAUGCUAAUUUCAAAUACAAUGUGUAGCUUACCUGCAGAGAAACAGAUGGCGAUUUUACAGAAGCAUAGUUCCGGAAUAGUUGAGAAAUGUAAAAGCGAUGACAUAUAUUUUCCUUUACUGGAGUGUUUGUACCGUCCCCUACAUAAGAGUGUUAGUAAUGCCAUAUUUGAUGAUAUAAUGACGUUGUCUCUUUCAACGGCUUUAAAUAGUGACAAAGAAUUUGUAAGGACUAAAGCAUGUUGUUUGGUAGCACACUUUUUAAACAAGGCAGACUAUGGACAGAAAUUUGAAUUAUUAUAUGAGUUAUUGAAGAGUUAUUUAUCAUCAUGCAGUAAGGACAAUCAGAAUCUGUGUUCACCAUUGAUACAAUUAUUUGCAUGGAUCACAAAGGCUUUAAUUUUGAGAGGGAGUGAUACAUUCAUGUUUUGGUUACAAAAGAUACUACUUACCAUUUCAAACCCAGAUUGCUGUAAGCAAGGUUCAGAGGCAAUACAACUUAUUAUGUCUGACUACCCAGACAGUCUGAAUGCCAGACUACACUGUCGAAAUAGUAUACUCUAUAAACAGAGAAUGUUCCAGUCUUUUGCUACAUUAUCUGAUAAAUUGGGCCCCUUUGAUGAAGUUACUAAAGAGGCAUAUUUAUUAAGUUGGGCUUAUGUACUAGAAAAAGCGCCUAAAACUGUUCUUAAAAAUGAGGUUGCUAAGGUCAUACCGUUGGUGGUAGAUGGUUUGGACUAUGAUAAUAAAGAUCUGCUUAUAGUUAUGAUAGAUGUACUAAUUUACUUUGUGGAAGCAACAAAUCUCAUUGUAGCACAGAGUCUACAGACAAUUUUACCACGACUUGUGAAGCUGUCUGGAUAUAUGAAAUCUAUGGAUGUACGAAUAAAGAGUCUACAGUGUCUCUAUGAGAUAGCAAAUUCCUAUAAAACAGCAUUGUUGUUGCCAUAUAAAACGGAAAUAUUGUUUGAUUUGGCGCCAUCUCUUGACGAUAAAAAGCGACUUGUGCGCAAUAUGGCGGUUCGCGCGCGAACAAGGUGGUAUCUUAUUGGCGCUCCGGGUGAAGAAAAAACUGAAUAGAAAACAUAAAUUUACAUUUUCUUUGAAUAAAGUUAAAUUAAAUUAGGAUUACGUUCUGUAUGAAUGAAAUGAAAAACGAUCUUACAGCACAUUAUUAUGUAGUUAUCAAAAAUGUAAUAUGCAUAUAAUAUUAUGUUCUUCUGUUUUUGUUUUGGACUUUCUGAUAAAAUCAGAUCACUGCGUAUAGGUAUGAAUUGUUAGUGAAAUAUUGCUGUAUUUAUUUGCAAUUGUUGUUCUAAAAUAAAGUAUUUAUAUUUUA